GUAUGCACCGGUGCAUCUCAUGAAAAAAUCACUGUAGGUGGAGAAUUCCAGUUCAUUAAAGAUAUUCUGGAGGAAAGUUUGAUUCUACGUAAUAAGAUUCGUUGGUAUACUUCUAAAAUUGGACGGCUGGAAACAGUUAACAAAAUUGUUCGUGAAUUAAAAAAAACUGGAAUCGACAAUUAUGUAGUUACAGAAUUUUGUCAGGGCCAAACGCGAAGAUGGGGUAUCGGGUGGUCUUUUGGAACCCAACGACCACCGAUGAGCACUUCACAACCAUCCUCUAAAAAGCUUCGUAAAGCUGGGCCCCCUAAAAGUGAAUUCUGUGUGGUUUUAUCAACAAACGCAGAUAAUCUCAAAGAAUUUCUCAAAAAGCUAUUCGAUCAAUUGGAAAUUGGAGGGCAAUGGAACGAAGAUUCUUAUACGUUUAUUGGUAGUGCAAAUAUCAAUACUUGGUCGCGUGCUGCUCGACGGCAAAAAUCGAAAACAGAUUGCCAAAUAGAGCCAUCUACCAUAGUCUCUACAUCAACUGAUGAGUCUUUAUUUGAGUUUACCUGUAAUAUUGAGCCAUGGAAUGUUAACACUAAUACUUCGAAGACUACAUUUUCAUGGACAAAUGGCAAAGAUCGAAGUAUUUUUGAAUCAUUUUAUGCUCAUGUUAAGAAAAAAUUAGAGCAGGAGUUUUCCACUGACGAAUAA